GACGCAGCAGCUAUAAGCGACGUCAUGUUCUUUGCCUGUCGGCGGACGCCUCAAAACAAAUCUACCGUUGCAGAUAAAAAAGUUACUUUUUAUAGCAUCGAUUAAACGUUGUUUUAAUUGCACAAUUAACAGAUGCUUCGGGACAAGAACGCAUCGCGCACUCGCCGGGCGAUCGGAGACCGGCCGGAUCCAUCUGUUGGUGGUGUUGGGUGUCGCCCAUCGAUCGAGUCGCCUUCGUUGAUUUGGAUCACAAGGCAGCUCAGACGUCGCCUUCGCAGCAGCCCUGUCGGUCGUUCUUCCGCAGUUGAUCGGUCCUUUUUUACUCCGCUUCGCCCUUUCCAACUCCAAAGUCAUCUUUUUUUCGCCGCCCCCUUUCUGGUUUUUUACUGAUCCGGUUGGCGGAGUGCAAGUAAGAAGCAAGGAAUAAUAAGUGGUGGUGGGAUUGGGAGAAGGGCAGGUGUCGCUGGCAUCACAUUGCUUUAGCGGAAGACAGAGAGAUUUGAGUGCGAGAGAGAAAGGUGGUUACUUUCGCCUCCUCGACUGCGCGCUCAAAGAGGGAGAAGGAGCCGAGGGAUUCGACCAUGGUGCUCCAAUGAUCAUUGUUGCAGUCGCCUUGAUUUGAAUCAAGUAGCUUAGCUGCCUUUAUUAAGUUGAAGUAAACCCUGUUGCCGACGAAUGGAGGCGAGCGCGGGGCUGGUCGCUGGCUCUCACAACCGCAACGAGCUCGUCGUCAUCCGCCGUGAUGGGGAAUCGGGGCCAAGGCCGCUGCAACAGCUGAGUGGGCAGGUCUGCCAGAUCUGCGGCGACGACGUUGGCCUCAACGUCGGUGGUGAUCUCUUCGUCGCCUGCAACGAGUGCGCGUUCCCCAUUUGCAGGACUUGCUAUGAGUACGAACGCCGGGAGGGGAACCAAGUCUGCCCUCAGUGCAAAACAAGGUUCAAGCGGCUCAAAGGGUGCCCGCGUGUGCCUGGUGAUGAGGAAGAGGAUGAUGUUGAUGAUCUCGAACAUGAGUUUGACUGGGGAGAUGAUCAUGACUCAGAAUACUUGGCGGAGGCCAUGCUACACAGCCGCAUGAGCUACGGCCGACAUGGUGACAUAAACAACCCUCAUGUGGUUCGUCCUAUGCCACAAGUCCCUCUUCUCACCAAUGGAGAGAUGGUCGAUGACAUUCCUCCAGAGCAGCAUGCUCUUGUUCCUUCUUUCAUGGGUGGCGGAGGGAAAAGGAUUCAUCCUCUUCCCUUUCCCGAUCACAAUGUUCCAGUGCAACCUAGAUCCAUGGACCCUUCAAAGGAUCUUGCUGCUUAUGGAUAUGGGAGUGUGGCAUGGAAGGAGCGGAUGGAGAGCUGGAAGCAAAAGCAAGAGAAAUUUCAGAUGGCCAGGAGCAAUGGCGGUGAUAAAGGCUGGGAUAAUAAUAAUGAUGAAUCUGAUUUACCAUUAAUGGAUGAAGCUAGGCAACCAUUGUCAAGAAAGCUACCGAUCCCUUCUAGCAAAAUAAACCCAUACAGAAUGAUCAUCUUAAUUCGACUUGUAGUUGCUGGGUUUUUCUUCCAUUAUCGGAUUACCAACCCUGCGAAAGAUGCAUAUCCAUUGUGGCUUAUAUCAGUCAUCUGCGAAAUCUGGUUUGCCUUGUCUUGGAUUCUUGAUCAGUUUCCCAAGUGGCUUCCAAUAGAGAGGGAAACUUAUCUUGAUAGGUUGUCCUUGAGGUAUGAAAAAGAAGGGCAACCUUCUCAUUUGGCUCCAAUGGACAUAUUUGUGAGUACAGUUGAUCCAAUGAAGGAACCCCCUUUAAUCACUGCAAACACUGUUCUCUCGAUCCUUGCUGUGGACUAUCCAGUGGAAAAAGUAUCCUGCUAUGUCUCAGAUGAUGGUGCUGCUAUGCUGACAUUUGAAGCAUUGUCUGAAACAUCUGAGUUUGCAAAGAAAUGGGUUCCAUUUUGCAAGAAAUUCAAUAUAGAGCCACGUGCACCCGAGUGGUAUUUUCAGCAGAAGAUAGAUUAUUUGAAGGAUAAGGUUCAUCCUUCAUUUGUAAAGGAAAGAAGAGCAAUGAAGAGAGAAUACGAGGAAUUUAAGGUACGAAUAAAUGGCCUUGUUGCAAAAGCACAAAAGGUACCUGAAGAAGGGUGGACAAUGCAGGAUGGAACACUAUGGCCUGGAAAUAAUGUCCGCGAUCAUCCAGGCAUGAUUCAGGUCUUCUUGGGGCAAAGUGGUGGGCAUGAUGUCGAUGGGAAUGAACUUCCGCGCUUGGUUUAUGUCUCAAGAGAAAAGAGACCUGGUUUCAAUCAUCAUAAAAAGGCUGGAGCCAUGAAUGCUUUGGUCCGAGUCUCCGCCGUACUUACAAAUGCACCUUAUCUGCUGAAUGUCGAUUGUGAUCAUUACUUCAACAACAGCAAGGCAAUACGAGAAGCAAUGUGUUUUAUGAUGGAUCCACUUGUGGGAAAGAGAGUAUGCUAUGUGCAGUUUCCUCAGAGGUUCGAUGGUAUUGAUCGACAUGAUCGAUAUGCUAAUCGGAACAUUGUGUUUUUUGAUAUCAAUAUGAAAGGUUUGGAUGGGAUUCAAGGACCUAUUUAUGUCGGCACUGGAUGUGCUUUCAGAAGACAAGCGUUAUAUGGAACUGAUGCUCCGAAGAAAAAGAAGCCCCCAAAUAGGACUUGCAAUUGCUGGCCUAAAUGGUGCUGCUGUUUUUGCUGCUGCACUGGUAGCAGGAAGAAGUCAACAAAAAGUAAGCAGGAAAAGAAAAGGUCUGGUUCUAAAAGUAUUGAGAUUGCAGGACCAGCACAUACUCUCGAAGGCAUCGAAGAAGGUGCUAGAAGCAAUGAGAUUCAAAAACAAAAUAUGACAGUUGAGCAGAAGUUGGAAAAGAAAUUUGGGCAGUCUCCUGUUUUUGUUGCAUCUACUCUCCUAGAGAAUGGCGGAACGCUGAAAGGUGCUACUCCAUCUUCUUUGUUAAAGGAAGCUAUUCAUGUUAUCAGCUGUGGCUACGAAGACAAGACAGACUGGGGAAAAGAGAUUGGGUGGAUCUAUGGUUCUGUUACUGAAGAUAUAUUGACUGGUUUUAAGAUGCAUUGCCAUGGGUGGAGGUCUAUCUAUUGUGUGCCGUCAAGAACUGCAUUCAAAGGUUCAGCACCUCUUAAUCUUUCGGACCGUCUUCACCAGGUUCUUAGGUGGGCACUUGGUUCCGUCGAAAUUUUCUUGAGCAAGCACUGCCCUCUAUGGUAUGGAUACGGAGGCGGGCUUAAAUGGUUGGAAAGGAUGUCAUAUAUCAAUGCUACCAUCUACCCCUGGACAUCAAUUCCUCUUUUGGCAUAUUGUACCCUGCCUGCUGUUUGCUUGCUCACUGGAAAAUUUAUCACCCCAGAGCUCUCUAAUGUAGCAAGUCUUUGGUUCUUGUCACUUUUCAUUUGUAUCUUCGCGACGAGCAUCCUUGAAAUGAGAUGGAGUGGCGUUGCCAUUGAUGAUUGGUGGAGAAAUGAACAAUUUUGGGUUAUUGGAGGCGUUUCCGCGCAUCUGUUUGCUGUGUUUCAGGGACUUCUAAAGGUUCUCGCUGGUAUAGACACCAAUUUCACUGUGACUUCAAAGGCUGGUGAUGAUGAAGAAUUCUCCGAGUUAUACACGUUCAAGUGGACCACAUUGCUCAUCCCUCCCACAACAUUGCUCGUUGUGAACUUCAUCGGUGUCGUAGCUGGUGUCUCUAACGCGAUAAACAAUGGAUAUGAAUCCUGGGGGCCUUUGUUCGGGAAACUCUUUUUCUCCUUCUGGGUGAUCGUCCACCUCUAUCCUUUCCUCAAAGGUCUCGUUGGGCGCCAAAACAGGACACCAACAAUUGUUAUUGUCUGGUCCAUUCUCCUUGCAUCCAUCUUCUCAUUGCUCUGGGUACGAAUCGAUCCAUUCUUGCCAAAAUCAGAUGGUCCACUCCUGGAGGAAUGUGGAUUAGACUGCAACUGAGUAGGAGAGUCCCUAUCAGAAUGUUCUUGGAGUUCAGCUCUCUUGUCAGCAUUGUCUCACACAGGAUUUUACAUGACAUUCGCACCGAUGCACAACAGGUUUCAUACAGUAUGCUAGUGUCCCCCCCUCUGUUCUAUAUUCUAGCUCCAGACUCGUACCAUAGAAUCAGCAAGACUGCUUGUUUGUGCAAGAUCCGCAUGCAGCCGCAAGUUUAGCUCUUCAGAAUCAGUAAUCGGAUGAAUGGCAAGAGAUGGUUCAUCUUGUUCAAGCUUUGUUUCAGUCGUUCUGUACAUUGAUUCUUCUCAAUAAGAGCAUGCCUUUGUCGAUACACACGCGGUGAAGGGGGCUCAUCAGACAUUCUGUUGGUUGGUUUCCCCUCUGGGGGAUUAUUUAUAUCUAGAUAUGAAAAGAGAGAGUUUCACAGUAUGUAUUUUAUUUAGUUGCACAUCAUCAUCUGUAACUAUCUCAGAGAAGCUUGUGUAGCUGUAUGUUAAAAGCCUACACCCCAUGAACUAUAGCUGUGUUUGUGCUUCAGCCAUGUGUUUGAUCAUUUCCCAAACGUAUUUAAAGACUGAUAAUGAUUUGUAAUUUAAGAUA